GAGAAUUCCAAAAAAAAAUUGAAGAGCCUUUACAAAAAAGAAGCGAAUUCUUAGCUCAAAUUAUGAAGGGUAAAUGUAAAGAGUCUGAAGACUUUAACAGAGACUUUGUAAAUUUAUUACAUAAACAUAGAAUACCUUUGGACCGAUUUCCAAUUCAUAAUGAAGAAGAGGAUAUUCGACAAGAAGAAAAUAACAGAGAAGUAUAUGUAAGAAAGAGGAAAAUGGAGAAAUAUCAAGAGGAAUUAACCAAAGCUAAGAUGGUAAGACAGAAUAUGAAAAGAAACUAUUGGGAAGAUAGAAAUAAAAAGAAGAUAAGAGCUAUUAAGACUAACCAAUGUCUACCAUACUUUUAUGGAAUGCAGGAGGAUUUAAGACAUAUAAAUCUAAUAAUGCAACUAAUAGUGGUGGAGUUGCGAUUUUAGUUAAAAAUAACAUUGAUUUCGAAGUUAUUGAAGAAUGGAACAUCUCCUCCCCAAACAUAGAAGCUAUCGGUAUUAAAAUUAAAAAUACAAAUAACAACUUCAAUCUAAUAGCGGUCUAUAGAAAACCAUAUGGUUUAGAAACAAUUACUUCAUGGCAGGAUAUAUUAAAAUUUAAAGGAGUCGAUGACAAGUCAAUUAUUUGGGCGAUUU